AUGGCAUCAGAGUCAACUUUUGACUUUAUCGUUGUAGGAGCUGGCACUGCAGGCUGUGUUAUAGCCUCUCGCCUGGCCAAGACAUCAUCAGCGCCUCGCGUGCUUCUACUCGAGGCAGGCGAGGGGAGCGAUGGGCUUGCUCACAUGGUCCCUGGCCAAAGAGGUACAUUCUGGUGCUCUGAUGCAGCCGACAAGCUUAACUAUAGAUACAAAAGUGUUCCCGAAGCCGAGCUAGGCGGACGAGAAAUUCAGAUUGACCGUGGCCGCGGACUCGGUGGCUCGACGGCCAUCAAUAUUCUCGGCUGGGACUACAGCAGCCGCGAAGAAAUGGACGAAUGGGCGAGACAAGUCGGAGAUGUGACAUGGAGUUGGGCAAAAACUAAAGAGGUGUUUAAGCAGGUGGAAACACUGCACGAUGAUACACCUGCAGAGUUUCACGAAUACAUCUACUCUGAGCCAGAAUCUCGCGGCACUGGGGGGCCUGUCCAUGUAUCUCUUCCUUCCACCUGGGCGCCUGGCUUGGAGCUCCUUCUCAGCGCGGCGAAGGAAUACGGAGCGGAUUCAUCAUACCUGUCUGACAUACCUCCUAAUCUGAUCAUCAAGACGGAAUCACCUGUGGCACGAAUUCUGUUUGACGGGAAGAAGGCGAUAGGAGUCGAGUUGACCAGUGGCAAGCAAUACUUUGCUACUCGGGAAACCAUAAUCAGUGCUGGUGCUAUCGACUCGCCAAAGAUUCUGCUGCUCUCUGGAAUCGGGCCCCAGGAUGAGCUGGCAAGCCACAGCAUUCCCGUCACUUCGGUCCUCCCAGGACUUGGAAACAACUUCAAAGACAAGUGUAUGGUCUAUCUAAAGGCCCAUCUACAGCCAAGUACAGCGCCUAGCAUCAGCAUGAGUGACAUGGCCCGUUGGCAGCAGCAAUGGGAAGAAGAUCGAACGGGACCAAUGGGUGUUGAGCCCUGUCGGAUUGCGACGGGAUACUUUAAGCUUGACAAUCUAGAGACAUUCACUGAGUUCCAGCAGCUUGAUGAGCAGGCAAAGCAGCUGCUGGUGCGGCCGCGGACUCCUGCGUACGAGACAGCUCCAGGAAUUUUUGCGGAUCCAACAACUGGCGGCUCCCUUUUCGGGACGCCUGUCAUUUUGAUGCACCCUCAAUCGACGGGGAAAAUCUCCCUCCGAAGCUCUGACCCGGCGGCAGCUCCUGUUAUCCAGUUGAACUACCUGCAAAAUCCCUAUGAUCGUCGAGUCCUUGUGGAAUCGACCAAGAAAGUGAUCGAUUUCAUAUACAACUCCAAAGUCCCUGCCGUUGGACCCAUCGUAGGCCUCACAGGUAAAGCAGACGAGGACAUUCUGCAAUUCGUUCGAAAUUGCGUAUCAACCGCUUGGCACCCCCAAGGUACAGUCAAGAUGGGAAAGCUAGACGACGACACUGCUUGCGUAGGAUCGGACUUCCGCGUCAUCGGCGUAAAGAAUUUGCGAGUCGCAGAUCUGAGCGUGGUUCCCGUGACUUUGAGCAACCAUACCCAAGCCAGUGCGUACGUGAUUGGUGAAAUUGCUGCCCAAAAGCUUAUCAGCGCCUAUGGCUUGUAA